AUGGCGGGUAGCGGGGCCGGGACCGGGGUCGGCCCGGGCGCGGGCGCGGGGCCGGGGCCGGGGGCCGCGCCGCGGGCGCCCCGGGCGGCGCUGGCGCUGGCGGCGGCGCUGCUGCUCGGCGUCUACGCGCUGAGCGCCCUCCCGGGCCGCCCCGCGCCGCCCGGCCCCGGCCCCGGCCCCGGCCCCGGCCCCGGCCCCGGCCGGCGGCGCCUCCCGCAGGCGCUGAUCGUGGGCGUGAAGAAGGGCGGCACGCGCGCGCUGCUCGAGGCGCUGCGGCUGCACCCCGACGUGCGCGCGCUCGGCGCCGAGCCGCACUUCUUCGACAGGUGCUACGGGCGCGGCCUGGCCUGGUACCGGAGCCUGAUGCCCCGCACCGUGGACGGACAGAUCACCAUGGAGAAGACUCCCAGCUACUUCGUCACCCGGGAGGCCCCGCGCCGGAUCCACAGCAUGUCCCCCCACACCAAACUGAUUGUGGUGGUGCGAAACCCCGUGACCCGAGCCAUCUCCGACUACGCCCAGACCCUGUCCAAGACCCCAGGCCUGCCCAGCUUCCGAGCGCUGGCCUUCCGCCACGGCCUGGGCCCCGUGGACACCGCCUGGAGCGCGGUGCGCAUCGGCCUCUACGCCCUGCACCUGGACCGCUGGCUGCGCUACUUCCCGCUGUCCCGCUUCCUGUUCGUCAGCGGCGAGCGCCUGGUCAGCGACCCCGCCGGGGAGGUGGGACGCGUGCAGGACUUCCUGGGCCUUACACGUGUGGUCACCGGCAAGCACUUCUACUUUAACGCCACCAAGGGCUUCCCGUGCCUCAGGAGGGCCCCCGGGAGCGGCCGGCCUCGCUGCCUGGGCAAAUCCAAGGGCCGCUCUCACCCCCGUGUGGCCCCGGCCCUGCUUCAGCGGCUGCGUGAUUUCUACCGGCCCUUCAACCGCAAGUUCUACCAGAUGACUGGCCAGGACUUCGGCUGGGACUGAGCCGGGGCAG